AGAACACCUUGCUUCUGUAUAAAGAAGAUUUCGUGGCGUCACCAAUGUUUACUAAACAUUUCAAGGAACUAUUUUCGAUAGUAGAACAUAGGGAGUAAAUAGAUUAGCAUAAAAUGAAAGCUAAUACUAUUUUUAAUAAUAGUUAAUUAAAAUGUAUGGCUGUAAAUUAAAUUGUGCUCUUUUUUGUAACGAAUCUGCUGAUGGCGUAUCCCAGACUGGAUGUUUAUACUGAAAAGCAGGAAGGGCUGACGAGAGCUUGAGUUUGACAGCGUAGAUGCGAGCAGGUGAAAAUGCAACGCGUAGCGAGACAGUAAAACUGUAUUGGUGAAGCUAUACGAAUAGCAAUCACAGAAUGUUGUUUUGUUUUUGCAUACGUCUUAUGAACAGCGUAUCCCUAUAAAAACAGGAGUUCUGCUAUCAUAUUCAUUAACUAAACCUGAAUACUGACCUUGAUUGCGAAACUUUACACCGGUGCAUAUACCUCAGUUUACUGUAAGUGUAUGCAAUAAUAUUUAGUUUUUUAAGAAUAAUUUUGUCAGAACUGUAGAAGUUUUGCCAGUCAGUAAGGAGACAGGAUUUGAAAAAAAAGAUGUAAAGUUGUUUUUUUGUGUGUGUGGGUUUUUUUUUUUUGUAUUAGAAAAAAAAUAACUAAAGCAGAAAAAUCUCAUGGAAAUCGGUAAGAUAGCUACGGCAAAUAAGAGGAGUUUAAUAAUCGUGAAUGUGCUUGCACAAGCUACGGCAGCUUUCUAAACAUUUUAUAAUUGUAUAUAAGGAAGUACCUUAAACAUCUACGUAAUGUAUGACAAAUAUUAACUUCCCUAUACCGAGAGCUGAAAUGACAAAUUACUCGCGCAACAUUCAUUGCACCGCCCUGCUAGUAAGUAGUAAAAUAUGUAAAGAAAAAAAUAAAGAUGAAGAGACACAGACUAUUCUUAUUUUGGCUGUUAACCUUUACAAAGCGUUUUGAAAACCAUAGUGGCCUUAGCUCAGAGGGUAAAACCACUGAUCCUGUAACAAGAGAAACGCCUCAGAACUGACUGACACUUCACAUCGUAAACGUAUAUAAACAAUGGGACUGGCUCCGAGCGAGCCAUGCAUCUAUGAGAAGCUGUCUGAAAGUGUCGAUAUCCUGAGGCGAUCCGGGUAUCGAUAUGGAAUGUCGGAGAGGGAGAUCGAGAAGUUCAUAAAGCAGGUGCUGGAAACGAAUGAGCCCAGGCGAGAGCCGCCCCAAUUCCCCAUCCUGCUGGCAGCGUGCAAGCUUGUAAUUGCACUGGGAUUCCUCUUGGUGGCAGUGCUGGCGUUCACCUACCCUCUUAGCUUUCCACAGUACAGGUUUCCCGUGGGUCAUGCUCACAACUGGUCCUCUCCCAUCAGCCAUGUGCGCCUCCUGUCUCUGCCCAUUGCCAAGAAGUACAACCUCGAAGGGUUCCACGAGUGGUGGAGAUCCCAUAAGAAGGGGCGAUCUGGAGCUGCAGUGAACUGCUCUGAAUGUGCCUCGGUGUCGGCUGUGCUGGAUGUGUGGAAGGGUCAGGGCUUCCCAGACUGCAUCCUUCAGGGAGUGCAGCCUGUAGUAAUUGAGGGGGGCCAGUCCUUAACCCUGUCCUAUGCAGACCUGGAGCAGCUGUACUCCAGACAGCAGGAGUUCAUGGACCUUUUCAUCAGGGAGCAGGAAAACCUGAUCGUCCUGGCGCAGGAAUUCCCAAAGGAGCCGUCCAACUUCAUACUGCUGUGGAAGCCCCAGCUGGUGAGCCGUCAGGAGGUGCUGCAGGGGCUGUUCCCCAGUGCGGAGCUGCAGAGAGUCCUGGACAGGGAGGGGGUCUCUCUGAAGCGCUGCCUGGUGACAGACAGCCAGGGGCUGCAGAGCAAGGCCCAGCAGGUGUACAGAUGGCUGGUGGUGGGGAGCGGGCAGCCUUCGCUGAGAAUCCUCCCGCUCGCGGAGUGCCGAGGGCAGUGCAGCUCCUUCAACGUGUGGCUGGAACCAGGGGACAUGGUCUAUGCCGAUUCCAGGUUCUGGCAGAUGGACCUGUUUCCAGGCCGGGGGCAGAGCAUCGUUUGUGACGGCUUUGCUUUCUAACCAGCCCCUGCAAGCAGUCUGUGGAAAGAUAAGCGGACUCCAGCCAGCUCCUGCAGCGAAACAGCAACGUUAGUCUGUCUGUCUGACUAGGACUCCACCCACAAAACCAGGCCCUCCUGGACUGUGAUUGGACCCCCUGCACUAAACAAUGUCUGAACACCCAGCUGCCUGAUGUCACCAACGCUGGCCAAAAUGCAUGAAGCAUCUUGUAAACAACAGACGUGAUCAAUGAAACUCUCUCCAAAUCUGUAUGUCAGUCUGUCAGUGAGAACCACAGUGAACUUGUUUUGUGGAAGCUCACCACUGCUGUGUUUUGUGCUGUGUUUUUGAAAAAAAAAAGCCCUGCAUUUAAAUGUACAUCUGUUUUGAAUUAGCAGCAGACA